AUGUACAUGUCGCCGGGUGGCUCCGGUCGACGUGCUGCGCAGAUUACAAAUGAGUUGAACGAUGGUUAUCAUAUUGAAGGACUAGACGAAGUGCGGGUGAUUCGCGAUCGCCAGACGAAAAUGUCGCGCCAACUGGGUUUUCUUCGCUUCCACAGCCUGAAAUUUUCACGAGCGUUCUUUGAGAACAAUUAUCCGAAUAUCAUUCUUUACGGCCCAAGCGCCGGCCCAAAUGAUCGUGGCACAAAAGUCCGUAUCGCGUAUAGUCGCGAGAGGGAGGACCGCGCUCGUGCUAGAGCCGAGGGUGACUGGACUUGUAAAAUGUGCGCUAUUGUCAAUUACUCAACCCGCCAAAAAUGCUUCCGAUGCCAAGCACCUCGUCCUGAACCCGGCCCUACAGGGCCCCCGGGAAUAGCAGCUCCCAGGGUUAAUAACACCGGUGAUAAUGAUGCCGCGCCGGAGAACCAACCUUCGCAGUUUUUGCUGUUCCGAGGGUUGGAACCUACGGUCACUGAAGAACUUCUGGCUAAGGGUGUCGCAAAGCUUUAUCGACCGGCCAACACCUCAGAGGGGCCAAGUGGAGGUCAGAAAAAGAGUGGAAAAGUUGCAUCUACUACGGGGGAUUCCAAUUUGGGUGCUCGAGAGGGAUCGAUUCGUCGUGUUCUUUUGGUGAGAGACCGUCGAUCGAACGAGAGUUGGCGCUAUGGUUUUGCGGAGUUUGCCACUAUUCAGGAUGCCCAAGCUGCCACGGCACGUCUAAACUCUUUUGAGAAGUUUACCAUCUCUUCAAGACCGGUUCUUGUUAGCUAUAUUCAUGCAGGAGUGUUUGUGCCCGUGAUAAACCCCACGGCGAGCACAGAACGAUUCACUUUCAGCCCUCUGAAUAAUCCCUCGUUGAAGUUGAUGUAUUGGGAUGAGGAAGCCUAUGCCAUGGAACUGACAGUGACGUCGGGGGAGGCAGAUAUGGACCAACCACCGGCCAAAAGCGAUAAGCCCACCCAGCCUGAUGGCAAAAACAGCAAGGACUCGGAUAAGACAAAAAAGAGAAAGGCCGAGAAUACCAGCACUGCAGGAACUAAGAAACUUGCAAUGCCAUCGCAACUGCAAUUCUGGAGUAACCGACAUGCCGAACUGCACGGGAUCAAGAAGGAUGCAGAGGAGAAAAAAGGGGAAGAGUCAGAACAGGGAGAUGCUUUAUCUGAUACUGCCGCACCAUCUCAAUCGUACGCUGAUCCAAACCGGAACUGCUGUUAUCUGUGUAUGCGUCAGUUCAAGUCAUCGGCAGACGUCAAUCGCCACGAGCGUCUGAGUCAACUGCACCGUGGGAACCUGCAGAAUGAGGUAUUGAUCGCCAACGCCAUGGGCAAGCUUAUCAAACAUGGAAUUGUGCCACAGCCGGCUGAGUAUCGGGACCGUGCAAGAGAGCGUCGCAAGGCCUUUGGCCACGGCAAGACCUCAACUAAGAAGAGCGCAGAUCCACCGAAGAAGGAAGAGCCGCCCGCCGAGCCCACAUCCAAGGGUGCCUCGCUUCUCAGCAAGAUGGGAUGGUCUGCCGGAUCUGGUCUGGGAGCUCAAGGUACCGGCAUGACAGCACCCAUUGCCACUGAAGUUUACGCCCAAGGUGUGGGAUUAGGCGCGCAAGGAGGCAAGCUAGGCGAUGCUGCCGAGGAGGCUGGACGGAACACACGGAACAGGUACGACGAAUUUCUGGAGAAAACGAGACAGACGGCACGAGACCGAUACGAGCAGAUGGAGAGAUGA